AUGUGCUACGGGCGGUCUAUCCUUCUCACCGGUGGGACGUCAGGAAUUGGCCUUGCCGUAGCCCAGCGUGCCGUUCUCGAGGGCGCGUCUCACGUUAUCAUUGUCACAAGAACCGCUUCAAAUGGAAGCAAUGCAGUUCAAAAGGUCACAGAAGCAACAGGGCUCCCGGACGCGCCUGUGUCAUACAUGAGCAAUGACUUUAUGAAAUUCCCACCAGAAAUGGUCAAAUCUGUACUCAAUCCAUUGUAUAUUAACACCCUGAUCAACUGCGCCGGUUUGACUUCGAACCAGCUGAUAAUCAAGCAGCGAAAUGAAGGUGCAGAGGCUGUCUGGGACGCGAAUUAUCAUCUGCCUUUCAAGCUCUCCAAAAUGUUGCUAAACGAUUAUAUGGCGAGGGCAAGAUUGAUCCAGAAAGAUAAAUCAGACAGUCGAGCCUCGGAGCCGUCCUGGUGUAUCGUCAACGUCUCCUCUCUCCUGGCACAGAAGGGCGGCAAAGGCUCAGCAACUUACGCAGCGUCCAAAGCAGCCCUGAUCGCACUGACCCGCGUAUUGACCCUGGAGAGCGGCGAUCUCUCCGAACGGGCACAGGACGUUAUGCCGCCCAUCCGCGCGAACGCCAUUCUGCCGGGAUACAUUGACACACCGAUGAUUGAAGGCUUCUCCGAGGCUCGAAAGGCGCAGCUGACGGCGCAAAUUCCAUCACGGAGGUUUGGCAAACCGGCUGAAGUCGCGGACGCCAUCAUGUUCCUCCUGCGCAAUGAGUAUGCAAAUAACUGCAUCUUGAAUCUCGAUGGUGGGCUCAGUGCGAUUUGA